AUGUUCGUCAGCCUCGAGGUGUCGUCGGACAACAACGCUAGCAGCGAGGGUGGCUUCAUCGUCGAGAGCUGGACCUUCCUGACGUCCGGGCUGCCGGCCAUCGAUCCGAUGUCCCAGAUCGUGCACAGCACGCCUGACAGCGUCCGCAGCAUGCCAGCGUUGUUGCCGGGGGUCACCGCCCGCAAGGAUGGGCGUCGCAGGAAGCUGGUAAUGGUAUUGGGGCUUGCCAUCUCCUUGCCCAUUGUGUUUCUUGUUGCAGUCAUGGUGUUUGUGGUAAUCUCUCUGAAGAAAUGGAGGCGGGAUACUGCAGAAGUCAACGAGGGCGUUGGGGCAGGUAAGCCAAGACAGUUCAUGUACCAAGAUAUCUUCUCAGCUACUAAGGGAUUCUAUCCCUCUAUGGUGGUUGGCAGCGGUGGUUUCGGUACCGUGUACAAGGCAGUGUGCCCACACUCGGGGGUCACGUACGCGGUCAAGCGUUCAAAGCAAUCUAGAGAGAGCUACAAUGAGUUCAGUGCUAAGCUUCGUAUAAUUGCUGACCUGAAGCAUCCCAAUCUGGUACAGCUCCAAGGGUGGUGCACAGAGAGGGAUGAGUUGCUGCUUGUCUAUGAGUUCAUGUCAAACGUCAGCUUAGAUGAGGCUCUCCACCCUUGUUCAGGUGGAGAGCUUUAUGUCAUUCUCAACUGGUCUCGGCGGUACAACGUGGCUGUUGGCAUCGCCUCUGCAGUGGCAUACCUACAUGAAGAACAUGAAAGCAGUCCCAGGUUGGGAGACUUUGGGCUUGCAAGGUUAAAGGAUCAUGACACAAGCCCUCGAUCAACCCUGGCAGCAGGGACUGUAGGUUACCUUGCACCUGAGUAUCUCCAGAUGGGUAAAGCUACAGAAAAGAGCGACAUCUACAGCUACGGGGUUGUGCUUCUAGAGAUCUGCACGGGCAAGCGGCCAAUAGAGAGAGAAGAACCUAGCAGUAUGAACAUGUUGAAUGUUGUUGAUUGGGUUUGGAAUUUUCACUCGAAAGGCAGGCUUUUGGAUGCUGCAAACCCAUGCCUGAGUGGGCAGUAUGAUAAUGAGCAAAUGAAGAGGCUACUUCUUCUAGGUUUGAGCUAUGUGAAUCCGUUUUUAGAAGAAAGGCCUGUCAUGAGUACAGUUCUAGGCAUUCUCCAGGGCAAGAAUGAGCUACUUCCUGUUCCAAGAAAGAAGCCCCUGCUGGUGUUUGUUCCAAAUGUGCCAAUUGAUCUUGACGGAAUCGUUUCGGAGUGCAAUCAGAGUACAAUUUCAAGUGAUCUGUAUGAGCUGAAAAUUGACGUAAACUAG